GCCGCACGGUAGUGUUGGUAAACGUGUGAAUAUUACACGCAAUAUUUAUGUAAUUCGCUAAACAAUUAAGUCGCAUAAAUUAUAAAAUAGUCAUUAGGGAUGAUAACUCGAUGGCAUUUGUGGAGCGACUUUGAAUCACCAUAGUGCCGCCGACAAGUACGAUAGCCACAAUCUGAGCGCAGUGCCAAAAGCUCUGUGUUAUUGAAAAACUAGGCAAAGUCAAAAAAGUCGAAAAAGUCAAGCGAAAUGGGAAGUUGUGGCAGAAAAACAACAAAGAGCUGCUCUUUGUAGGCCGCUCGAUAAAAAGGUAAAAAGAAGUUGGUCCAAACUAAUUGCCCGAAAUGGGAAAAAACAAACCGAGCACGCUGGCGAGAGCGAGAUAAAAACACCGGGACAAACCGGACCGAGCGUUCAGUUCUCUGCCGGACGAGACAAGCGGCGGAUCAUUGUUGGAUUUCGUUUCAUCCGGAGCACUGCGAAUAGAACGCGAAAGUCCCGAGCAAGCGUUAGUUUUUGCAUACAAUGGAGUACCUGAGCUACGUGUACGAGAAAAUCUUCGGGGGCAAUCCUCCCACGGACGACACGCAAGGGGCUUUCCACACGCCCCGCAAGGUCAUCUGCUUCGGCAACGUCCUGCUCGACCGACUCGUCCAGCUCGAGGACCCCGAACUCCUGGAGCGGUUCGGCCUGGAACUGGGCUCCAAGGGCGAACUGGACAUGGAGAAACUCAACCAGCUGACAGCGGAGGCUUCUGAGAGCUCUCGAUGUCUUACAAAUCCGGGUGGCUCUGCCCUCAACACGGCCCGCAUCCUGAAGCAGCUGGGCACAGACGCGCUCUUCUUUGGCGCCGUGGGAGCCGACAAGCACGCCGAGGAGCUGCGUCAGAUCCUUCGGGAUCGCGGCAUCGAGGCCAGGCUGCAGACCGUCGAGGAUGCGCACACCGGGCAGUGCGUGUGCCUCAUGUAUCAGGACAACCCCACGCUGUACGCUAACAUCGGCGCCUCGGCUCAGUUCGAGGUGCAGACCCUGAGCCACGCCGUCAGCCACGAAGGCCAGAGCUUCCUGCGUCCCGUAGAGCGAAAGCAAAUCCUGUACGUGGAGGGCUUCUUCGUGCCCCAGAGGAGUGAUGUGUGCGACUACAUAGUGCAGCACCUGGUGCGGGAGCGGCGACGCCUGGCCCUCAAUCUCAGUGCUCCCUACAUUGUGAAAAAAAAUCACCAGGCUAUGAUGAAGCUGGCCCGGGCAGCCUUCUUCCUGUUCGGAAACCGCCAGGAGUUCGAGGCGCUGGCAGAGGCUGCGGGUGGGUUCCGAAACGUCGACGAACUGGCGGAUCAUCUCCUGCAAUCCGGUGGCACCAAGGCCAUCUUCGUCACCAACGGCAGUGCCGGCGUCCAGGUGAUCACCAACUACGUGGAGGAGCUGGCUCCUCCCGGACCCGUCAGCUUUGAGGACUUCAGGGCGCAACGCGUAGAUCAGCUGGUGGAUGCCACUGGGGCCGGAGAUGCCUUUGUGGCCGGAUUCCUGCACGCCUGGCUGGAGAAGCGCUCGCUGGGCGAGUGCAUCCGAAUGGCCUCCAGCGUGGCCGCCAAGGUCGUCACCCAGGUGGGCUGCAAUCUGCCCUAGACGGACGCAGUGCAUCGCCACCUCAGAUAGCGCACAACAAAGCACCAAAGUAGACUCUUAGCUUGUAAUUAUUCUGGUAAUCUCCGCAAACCUUAGGCUUAGUCAAACAUUUGUCCACCAUUUCACCCAAGCAAUGAACUUAGUCGUUAUGUGAUUAAAUAAAAAUGAUUUAUACAUCGUCCUAUGAAAGAUAAUAAUAAUACUGAGUGACUGCAGCAAUCACAUUUUAUAAUAUAUAUAGAGGGAUCCCUAUUUUAUAUUGUUUUUUAACAUUUAAAUGUAUUUCGAAACAGCUUUAUCUGAAGCCAGUACAUAUGUAUCUAUUUGUGGCACAUUGCCACUAAGCAUUUGCGUUGACCUUCGCAAGAGCGCAAAGAUAAAAAGUGAAAUAGUGAAAAAUGUGCCCACGUCUAAUCAAGCCAUGGGAUGAAAUCACCGGAAGACUCUUUUUAAUGGUUAAAUAUAGAUUCGAGAGAAUUGUUUUGUGCACAGUGGGUUGAAUGCGUACUAAUUAUUAAUAUACUAUUCAGUAUGAUAGACUUCAUUAGUUGAGCAAACAUAAAUAAAUCAUUUAUGACACAGGUCGUCGUUAUUUAGGUAUAUACCUUCAUAUGUAAAAUCACGUAUUAAGUAUUCGCCAGAGAAAUGAGAUCUUAUAUAUGCAUGUACAGCUGGUGAUUGUUCGACCUCGAUAGCCUUAUUAAUACGUCCGUGUUAUUCACUCGAUCGCCGAAGUUCCCACUGGACUGUGGCAUUGUGUGAAUCGUCAUCCGAAUCCGUUAUCACACACUUAAUUCCCCCUGAGAUGCCCUAGUACACAUCUUUAUGCGCAUUCCUCGAGAUGCUUUAUUAUCCGCAAAGAAGCGAUUCUCGUUUCCUACGCCGGCUUACUCAUCCAUCUUAUAUGGACCGCGUACAUCCCACACACAAGUCAGUCAAUAAUAAGUGACGACUUGGCCCAAAGAGAACUCGCAUGCCCAGAUGCCAUCAAAGCGAAUUCCGCCUUUGUGCUGGCAGUGGGGUUGGCUUGGGGUUUGGGCCACAUGUUUGCGAAUCGUUAACAAAAACUAAGCCGCAUUUGGCAUGCUUGUGUAAGCAGGCCAAGGUCUGGGCCUAAGCCAGCUGCUGCCGGAGGAGGAGUUGUGGAUGGGAAGCCCCCCGAAACCAUAAAGAAGUCCGGGCUUAGGCCGAAAGCAAUUCCGCACUUUAAAGGCCAAUUCCCGGAUCAGCGUAGUGAGCUGGCUAAUUGGCAAGGAGCCGCUUAAGCGAGUCAAGUGGCAGUGGCAAUGCGAAUGUGGCAAAGUCAAUAUUGACACACCCACCCACCUAAUCGAGUGUCCCACCUACUUAAGUCUCAGCACUCGCCCUGUUAAUUACUCGAUAUUAAUUUUAUACCGCCUGUGAGGCAUCCGGAGAACCCUUCCUUCCACGCCACUUCGAUUGCCUUCUAUGCUGUGGCCACUGGCCACUGGGUUGGCCAACGCCAGUCCUUUGUCGGGUCCGUAAUUAAUGUCAUCGUGUGGUUUACGGGGUUAGCAGCCACUCGGGCGACCCCCUUCCUUCGAUGUCUGCGUGUGGGUAAUGGCCGAUUUCAGACUAUCCCAAGGCUCGACUAAGAUCCUCGCCAGCAUGUGAUAAUUAAAUGUCCUCAUUUGCCCUGUUUAGCAUUUUAAUUUACAAUAAAUUGUGCUUCGGAAGCGGCUGCCUUCUAGGUAAUCAACGAAGGAGUACACUGAAAGAAAAGUUAUCUUUAAUUUUAAUUUUAAUUUUAAUUUAUUUGUGCUUUAUCCCUUAUAUAUAUAUGUACAUUUCAUUAAAGCUAAUGGUAUAAUUAGGUAUUUACAGUGUUUAGCUAAGGCUUUCAUCUGAAAUAUUUAUUAAUUAUGUCUAGUUGA